AUGAUUAUCUUUAUAUUAAUUAUUGUAAUUAAUAAUGCAACUAUUCUCAACAAAGAAGAAAGAUUUAAAGAAGUUAUACAUACACAUAUAUAUUCAAAUAAUAAUGAAAUGAAGAAUAUCUACAAUAAUCAUUUAAAGAGUGAAGCAGAAGUAAAAGAAACUAAAGAAUUGGAUAAAGAAGAUGGAACAACACCAUUAAAACAAGAAAGUGGACCAGAGAUUGUUACAGAAAAAGAAACACGAGUAACAGAGAAAAAUGGAAAUAGUGAAACAACAAAAGAACAACAAACAACGGCAGUACCACCUCAACCACAAACAAAAGACCAAAAAUCAGAAGUACCAACAGAAGCAUCAUCACAAAAACAAUCACAAGACCCACAACCAACCAAAGAUCAUCACCAAGAGACACAACUACCAAAAGAAUCAGAACAUAAAACAGAAGAACAAACAACACCAAUAUCAGAAGGUAAUGGAGGUACAAAAACAUCAAAAGGUAAUGUGGAUCAACAAACAAUCCCACAUGGUAAAGAAAGUGAAAAAUCUCAAGACAAUAGUGCUACAGAGUCACAACAACAGAAAGAAAAAGCGGGAAAACAACAAGAAGAGCAAACCCAAAACUCACAGCAAGAUAAAACUGAAAAGCAGCCACAACAAAAAGAAACACCAGAAACAUCAAAAGAAGCUGAACAACAAGGAGAAGUUAUUCCAGAAAAUCAACAAAAAGAAAACCAAAGUGAUGGACAAGAUAAAGAUGAUAAAAAAGAAGAAAAAAAUCCCAGUAACAAACAAAAAGAAGAAAAGGACAACACAAAUAAAGCAACAGAUACUACAACACCAGGUAUUCCAGAAAGUAAACCAGACAAUAAAACUACUGAUGAUUUAAAUAAUCAUAGAAACAUUGAUAAUGCUUCAACCUUAUUAAUCACUCUUUCGAUAUUCACAACAGUUUUAUUUUUCUAA